AUGAAUGAAACUACUGAAGAAAAUAAAGUUGAACUUCCUCCACCACCACCACCAAUACCAAAUGUCAUUGAAGAUUCCAUUGCAUCCCGAACAAAAGAAAUUACUAAAAGACCAAAACGUGAACGUAGUCCAACUCUACAAAUUCAACCUCCUGCACCCAAGAUAAAAAAAAUCAAAGAGGUCGCACCGAAAUUAUCGGAUAAAACAAAAUGGACUAUGGAAGAGCAGAAACAAUUUUUUACUGCACUACGCAUUUAUGGUAAAAAUUUCGAAGCACUUGGACAAUGUUUUAAUACACGACGUCGUCUUGUAAAUCCUGAGGCGCAAAAACGUACAUUUGGUCAGAUACGUUGUUUUUAUUAUCGUUCAUUUCGUACAGUUUCAAAAUUAUGUACAUUUACAGAAGAGGAAAAAAGUAAUGUUGAUUCGCUUGAGUUGCGUUCUGUUCUUGCUUAUUUAUGUUUAAAACCAAAAGUAAAGUGUUUUGAUAAAAAACCAGCCAUAUCUAUUCUACAUCAACUUAUUCGUAAUGGUAGCGCAUUUUUACGUGUCAAAGGACAACGAGAACAUGUAUCAAUUAUUGGUAAAGCAUUGAAACCACCUAAAACAGCUAAUACACUUGGUUCAACAAAACAAACUGAUCGUACAUUGUCGAAACAUAUUAAAGUUUUACUAAGUCCAUCAUCACCAAAUGCGUAUAUGCGUGUUUCUUUAUCAUGUCGAUAUCCUCAUGUUGAAGUUUUAUUAUCACGUACGACAACAUUAUAUGAAUUAAUCGAUAGAUUAACCCAAUAUUGGCAAUUAAAUAAUCAUGCUCAAUCGUUAUUCAAAGACGAUUUAUCUAUGGAACAACUUAUUUUAUAUCCUCACGGAUCUCAUUUAUCUUCAUCAUCAAUUGAUUCUACAUUAGUAUCAAAUGAUUCAAUACCUAUACUCGAUCUCUCUUCUUCAAAAAAACAAUUGAUCACUAAUAUAGAUAAACAAUCGCGUUCAAGAUCCGAUUCAGAACUUUCAACAGAACCUUUAACAGAUCCUUCUGCAAUAGUACAAUCAAAUGUAACUGUUAAACGAAAUAAUUUAUCUGAAAGUGAACCAUCAAAUGAAUCCAUCGGUAUUUCUAUAUCAUCUACUUCUCCAUCAUCAACAUCAGUUUCUUUAUCAUUAUCAUCAACGUCAACGGUAACAAGUAGUAAUAAAUCAAAUUUAGCUCGAACAGCUAUUUUACUUGCUGCUAAACGAGCGGCUUCUAAUAAUCAUACAAAUAAUUAUGAUGCAUCAAUAUUUACACUCAUUGAUAGUACGGAAGAUGAAGCAGAUAGUAAUUUAGCUUCAUUCAAACAGCGAUUUGACAUUCUUGAUCUUAUUGAUGAAUUUCCAUCUGAAGAUGAGAUUGAACCUGAAACAAAUACAUCAGCAUCAAUAAUACCACCACCACCACCACCGCCAUCAACAACAACACUUUCGACGUUAACGAAUAAUUCAACAGUUACUGUAGUUGAUGUAUCUCAAGGUAUUACUCGAAAUAAUUCCUUAUUUUCAACAUUAAAUAUUGGUGAAUUACAAAAAUUACUGCAACGUCCAAAAGAACUUCGACUUAUUUAUGAUUUUAAUAAUUUAUCACGUACAACUAAUACUAAUGAUUGUAUAUCUUCAACUUCAUUUCUUCAUUAUGUUAUACAAAUGACCAAUCAAUGUUUAACAGCUAUGGCUGAUCGACAAUCACAAUUAGAGAUGAAAACCACAAAAAAAACAAAUACGAAAAAACAACAAAUAUCACGAUCAAAAUGCUACUGUUCCUGUUGUACUCAUCAACAUCCACUUAAUACAAAAGAGCAAAGACGCCCAUCGGCAAAAGCAGCUAAUUCACCAAAUGCUGAGAUUUGCGCUCUAUUACAAAUGCCACAAUCAAUACCAACACAAGAUAUGAUGAUUGGUACCAAUGAUGACAUUUUAACAGUGCAAACAUCUUUACAAGGUAAUAUGGCCAACAACACGAAUAAAGUAUCAGAUGGAGAUUUACACAAUAAACCUUACACAUUAACACAAAUUGAUGAACAACCCGAUAUUUUUGAUACGCUUUCUUGGCCAACUGAAGCAGGAAGAAGGUCUUUAGAGCAAACUCAAGUUCCUCCGUUACCUUCAACAACAUCAUCGGUCAAUACCACAACUGAACUUCCAUCUGUAUUGACUUUAUUACUUCCGAUGAUAAAUGGAACUGAGUCAACUUCUGUUCCUCAACCAAAACAAUCUGCUAUCAUUUUCAGUAGUAAUAACGGUGUCAUUGAUGAUCCAUUAAUACAAUCUUUAGCUGCUGAACAAGCUGCAUCUGCACAUAAUUAUGAUCUCUUAUCACAUCGACAUAAACGCGUACGACGUCCAUUACGUUAUGGUGAUCAAUCGAUGCGUCCUUCAAAUAUUCAACUUUUAAUUGAUGCAAAUAUAAAUGCCCAACAAACAGCAGCAGCCAAUCAACGUCUCAUGUUUAGUACAAAUAAUACACCUGAUCUUUCGACAUCAUCGAAUGAUGUAUUUCAUAAUGAUUGCGAAAAUCCAAAUGAUCUUCUAAAUGAUAAUACCAAUAUGAGCACAGUUUCAUUAAGCACCACUAUUGUUAAUGCAGCAUUACAAAGCAAUACUUCACGAUUACGUCUUGAUUGGCCGGAUAAUAUGUCUGAUUUAUCAUUUGGUAGUUUUCCAGAUUUACUUGAAUCUAAUACAUUAUCGUCAACACCAGGUGAACUUAAUAAUUUUGAACAGUCAACCAUAACUGAUACAAAUGAACAAAAUAAAUGUGUGUCUGAAACUUCAAUUUCAGAAGCCAUGUUUGCCAUUAAUAACACGACAAAUUUACUACUUCAAAAUUGA